ACCUUUUUUCCCUUCUCCAUGCUCAAAUACAUAACCCCACAUUCAUGCAUGCCCACAAAAAAGCCAAGCUCUAAAUGGAACUGGUCGGUUUUGCACCACCAUUAUUAUAGUGAGAGGUGUGAACCGCCCCCAAAAAGGGAUAUCCCACUCAGAAUUCUUAGUAUAAAGUUGCCUUCAAGCCUCAGGCCUCAGGCCUCACAUAUCCUGUAAUAUCUUCAACAAUAUCCCUUCUUGUAGUGCUGCAAGUGGUCACAAGCAUAGCUCUAGCCCCAAGUCUUGGAGUCAUUUUUUUGUGUUCCUGAGACAUGGGCUGUUUGAUUCUUUUAUCUCCUUUACCAUCCUCUGUUGAUGACACUGACAGAAACUAGUCAUAAUCUGAGCCGGGUUCUUUGAAUUUUGGAAGCAUCAACUUGGCUGCCUAGUGAAAACAACAUCUCUAGGAUAGUGAAAGUUUUUUGAGUUUGAGUUUGUCUAUAAGUGUAGCCUGGCUCAACUCUUUUUGUUCCAUUCAGUCCUCAUUGAGCAUGGAGUUCUCUCGGGCUUUCGUAGUUGUUGCCUCCAUUUUCUUGUGUUUUCUCCUUGUUUUCUUUUGCAGUAGGUUUCAGGAUCAUGAGUAUCAUGAGGAGCAUGAACAUUUGCAUACAUUCUCCCGAAUUUCACUGCCACCUUCUCCUGCACCAGAGGCAGCUAGCCCAAGUUACAAUGGCUACUCCUCUAUUUAUACUGCAGUUUUCAAUGUAAGAUCGUUUGGUGCUGUUGGGGAUGGUGUCACAGACGAUACACAAGCAUUCAAGAUGACUUGGGACACUGCCUGCCAAGCCGAAUCAGCAACUCUUCUGGUUCCUCAUGGGCAUUCCUUCAUGAUUCAAUCCACAAUCUUUACUGGCCCUUGUAAAACUGGCCUUAUAUUUCAGAUCGAAGGAACUAUCAUGGCACCUGACGGGCCAAGCUCAUGGCCACAAGGCAACAGCAGGCGACAAUGGCUGGUCUUCUACAGAAUCAAUGAAAUGUCCAUGCAGGGAGGUGGAGUCAUCGAUGGGAGAGGAGAAAAAUGGUGGGAUCUUCCCUGCAAGCCUCACAAAGGAAUCAAUGGAACGACGCUGCCUGGUCCUUGUGACAGCCCAGUUGCCAUAAGGUUCUUCACAAGCUCCAAUUUGACAGUGCAAGGACUCAAAAUCAAGAACAGUCCCCAGUUCCAUUUCCGGUUUGACAACUGCCAGAACGUUCACAUAGAUUUACUCAACAUAAAAGCCCCUGCUGAGAGCCCCAAUACUGAUGGAAUUCACAUCGAGAACACAAACGGUGUGAAAAUCUACAAUUCAAUUGUCUCCAAUGGCGACGACUGUGUAUCGAUUGGAGCUGGUUGUCACAAUGUAGACAUCAGGAACAUAACGUGCGGCCCCAGCCAUGGAAUAAGUAUUGGCAGUCUCGGCAUUCGAAAUUCCCGGGCUUGUGUUUCAAACAUCACAGUGACAGACUCAAUCAUCAAGCAUUCUGCCAAUGGUGUUCGGAUCAAAACAUGGCAGGGAGGGUCAGGUUCUGUAUCUAAAGUAACCUUCAAUAACAUUCACAUGGACACAGUCCGAAACCCAAUCAUCAUCGACCAGUACUACUGCCUCACCAAGGGCUGCGUCAACCAGACUUCUGCAGUUCUCAUAUCCCAUAUCUCGUAUACAAACAUCAAAGGUACUUAUGAUGUCAGAAGCUCGCCAAUGCAUUUUGCUUGCAGUGACUCGGUCCCUUGCACCAACCUUACUCUUUCAGAAGUAGAGCUGCUUCCCUCCAAAGGACAGAUUAUGAUGAAUCCAUUUUGCUGGAAUGCUUAUGGAGCUUCACAGACACUCACCAUUCCACCACUUUUCUGCUUGUUGGAGGGCACUUCACAGUCAUUACCACAGAGAGAAGUCGACAAGUGCUGAUCAAAGUUCACAUUCUAAGUAAAGCAUAUAUACAUAGUUGUAUCAGAUUACAAGCUGAGUUCACGAAAAUUAAUUUGACUUGAAGUGUAAAAGCUUCUGUCAUUUAUCUAAUGUACUAAUUGAGAACAUGUGUUAUAAACAUGGGUUCCUAUCUACUAAGUUGUUGCAGGUAGAGUACAGAUAACUCCAUGAAAAGUUCUUCCCUUUUGCAAUGGAAUACCUAUAUCUUUUCUAUAAUCUAGGGGCUCUGUUUUCGUGCAUGUUCCCUUCAGAAGGUUUUGAAGUUUGUAAAUCAUGAACCUAAUAGGAAAAGCUUCUUCCAAGUUUUCUUGGGAUGUUUUUGA